UGGAUUAAGAACAAUAUUCCAGGGAGACGCGCGUGCCAUUACGCAUCAGAGUGGAGUAAAUCCAUUCAACUAGCCCACAUAGGCAUAUUAUUCUUAUUAUUAUUGUUGUUGUUGUUAUUAAUAUUAUUAAUGUGAGGGGAGAAGAGGAGAGCCGUAGCGUUUCUCCUUGUGACGUCCAAACUACACCGUCAUCACAGACCACCGGGGAAAGUUGGAGUAACGCGGUGAGAGGGAGCACCUGGAUGUUUAACGCGUAAGAACGAGCUAAACAACAGGAAGGAAAGUGUUUAUUUCGCCGUUCAUGGACCGACUUCUCCGGAUAAACCGACACGCGCUGCUUCACCGGAAUAUGCGGUCCGUGACGGACUCUGCGAACACUUCUCCCUCUGCCCUGCUUUGAGUGCACCAAGAAGGGUCCAGGCUCCCCGUUAAAACUGUCCAGGGGUAUUUGCUCGCUCCACCAUGUCGGCGGCAGUGUUGCCGGUUUUCAGUGAAAGAGAGAGAGAGUGAGUGAGUGAGAGACACCGGGGGAGGGAGAGAGACGGGGCUGAACCGGACCGGACAGCGCGAGAGACCGAGCCUGUAUUUCGUCUUCAUGACUUGUGGGAUUACUGCUGGACGCGAAAUGAUCCUAAUUAAUAUCAUCACUUUGGUUUUUGUGUUGGAUGUGUGUGUGUGUGAUUCAGAGCUGGGCCCCCCCGGGUGGAGGGAACCUCUGGACUGCGUCCGAGCGUCAGAACUGUGCAACCAGAACAGCCAGUGCAGCUCACGUUACCGGAUCAUGCGCCAGUGCCUCUCUGGUGGGGACAAGGAGCGCAGCGCCAUGCUGGCCUCCAAGGAGUGCCAGGGGGCGCUGGAGGUGCUGCAGGACUCGCCGCUGUACGACUGCCGCUGCAAGAGAGGCAUGAAGAAAGAGCUGCAGUGUCUGCAGAACUACUGGAGCAUCCACAUGGGUCUGACUGAGGGCUUCAAGAAGCUGUAAUGAAACUGACUUUUCAUCGAUUUUGGCACUUUGGAAAGUGGUCCAUGGUUAUUUUGGAAGAAAGCCUUGCCAGUGGAGUUUCUGAGAAGAAGCUGGA